AUGCCUUCAUAUCUACAUAUCUAUCUUCGUAUCAAUCUAUCUAUCUUCGCAUCAAUCUAUCUAUCUUCGUAUCUAUCUAUCUAUCUUCGUAUCUAUCUAUCUAUCUAUCUAUCUAUCUAUCUAUCUUCGUAUCUAUCUCAUUAUGUAUUUUCAUAUCUAUCUAUCUAUCUUCAGUUUGUUCAUCCUUUUUCUUUCUUUUUCAGUCGGUUCAUAUCUAUCUAUCUAUCUAUCUGUAUACCUAUCUAUUUCGGACUAUGCAUUCAAUCAGAGGAAAAUGAAGGGAGUUGGUUGCCAAGUCAUCUGUGGCGCCUUCACGAUCGGCCAGACUAUGAGACUACGACGAUGAUUCGGCAGAAAAUGGAAGGAGCUGGUCUGCUGAUAAUGGCAGGGGAUAUUCUGCACAAGAUGUGGGGUGAUAAUUUGCAGAAAGGCCACAUUUUUGAAACAUUCUUUAUGCAGCAGCAUGUGUGCUUGUAUUUCAUUUUUCUCUUUAUUUCUUUUUUGUUCUUUCCCGCUUCCAUCUUUUUAUUCUUUUUCCUUUUCUCCUUACCCGCUAUUUAUUCCUUUUCCUUCAUCUUUUCUUUGCUUUCAGCGCUUGCAUUCCUCCUUUUCUUCCCCAUUUUUAAUUCUUUUUUCUUUCUGAUUUACUCCUUUUAUUUCUUUUAUUCAUUGUUUACGCCUUUUCUUUCUCUUUUUUAUUUCCCCUUCUUUAUUCCUUUUUCAUUCCUCUCUCGUAUUUGUUUCUUCUUUUCUUUCAACUCACGCAUUCCUUCUUUUCUAUUCCGUAUCCUUUUUUUUCUUUCUGAUUUACUCUUUAUAUUUCUUUCAUUCGUUGUUUACGUCUCUCAUUUCUUUUUUUUUUCUUUUAUUUCCCCUUCUUUACUCUUUUUUUCAUUUCUUUCUUUUUCUUUAUGUCUUUUUAUUCUUUUUCGUUCUUCUUUACACCUUUUAACGUUCCAUCUUUUCUUUCUUUUUCAUUUCUUUCUUUCUUUCUUUUUCAUUUCUUUCUUUCUUUCUUUUUCAUUUCUUCCUUCCUUCCUUCCUUCCUUCCUUCCUUCCUUCAUUCAUUCAUUCUAUCCUUCAUUCUUUUGUAUUUUCCUCAUCUUUCUUGUUUCGUCAGUGUUUUUCAAUUCAUUUCCUUCUUUUACUUUGACUUCUUUCCUGCUUUUCGACUUGAUUGAAACAAAACUCUGGCCAUUUCUGAUCACCCUCCUCUCGCAUUUCACUUGA